CCGGGCGGCCGCACGCCGCGAGGACGCAGCCCGGCAGCAGCAGCGGCGCGGCGCGCGUGGCGUUCCAGGCGCGUUGCGCCGCGCUGGCUUUCGUGCUUGCGAGUGCCAUGCAGCGUCUGGGCUUUUGUCGCAGCCGCGGCGGCGCGACCAGCGCCGUGCAGAGCGCUGCUGUGGCUAGGAGUCGCAUGGCUGCUUAGCGAGUCAUAUCGAUGUCUAGAUGCCGCAUGGCUGCACAAUGGCUGUCGACGUAGAAACCCGCGAGCUCUGGAGGCUCGGGGC